AUGGCCGACCGCAUGGACGCCAAGCUCGUGGCCUCGUCGCCGUCCAACAAGCCCAGCAGCUCCGGCACGGCCAACUUCCGCACCGAGGAGAUCCGCGGCUAUUUGUUCAAAAAGACGCGCGAGGGCAAGUGGCAGAAGCGGUGGUUCGAGACCAACGGCUGCUUCCUCACGUACUACAAGAAACAAGGCCAGAAGCUGCUGGCGGCGCUGAACCUGCCGCAGGUUGGAGCCAUCACGUUGCUGCAGGAAGACCACGUCGAUGGCCCCGGACUCUUCACCAUCGAGCUGAACGAGCGCGUGUACACCAUCAAGGCGCGGUCGCAUGACGAGGCCGCCUUCUGGGUGGACGCACUGCUGUGGCGCCAGGCGGGGGGCGUCGUGACGCAGAAGUCCCCCGACGUGAGCAAGCAGAAAGUCGGCAACAUCGCCGCUGUGCCCGCCGACGACUUAGAUAGAUCGAUGACCAGCUCCAUGCACGUCGAGAUGGCCAGCAAGCAGCACGUGGAUGUGACGACGGCCAACCCGGACGAUGUCGGCAAGGACGGAGCUCCGUGUGCCGCCUGUUGUGUGGUGCAAUAG